AUAGGGAGGGACUAACUAAGGGACCGGUUAUGUAGGAAGCCCUUGUUAGCACCAGAAACUUUGCCCAGCUCCGACUCUCGGUCCUCGGUAGAGCCAGCGCCACUACUGGCCAUGCUCGCGGCCGCGGGCUCCCUGGUGGCCACAGUCUGGACGGCACUCCAUCCCAGGGCUCUUCUGCUGGCCGCGGUCACCUUCCUGCUCCUGGCUGACUUCUUUAAAAAUCGGCGCCCAAGGAACUUCCCUCCCGGGCCAUGGAGUCUGCCCUUCGUUGGCAACAUAUUCCAGUUGGACUUCCGGCAGCCCCACCUCUCAGUUCAGCCGUUUGUGAAGAAAUAUGGGGACAUUUUUAGCCUGAAUCUUGGUGACUUAACUUUUGUGGUCAUAACUGGACUGCCUUUAAUCAAAGAAGCCUUUACUCAUGUGGAACAAAACAUUAUGAGACGGCCAAUCACUCUUGUACGAGAACGUAUCUCUAGUAACAAUGGAUUGGUCUUCUCCAGUGGCCAGAAAUGGAAGGAGCAAAGAAGGUUUGCCCUGAUGACACUGAGGAAUUUUGGCUUGGGAAAGAAAAGCUUAGAGCAGCGCAUGCAGGAAGAGGCCUGCCACCUAGUGGAAGCCAUAGGAGAAGAGGAAGGACAGCCUUUUGACCCUCACUUCAAUAUCAACAAUGCAGUUUCCAAUAUCAUUUGCUCUAUCACUUUUGGGGACCGCUUUGAGUACCAUGACAGUAGGUUUCAGGAGAUGCUGAGGCUACUGGAUGAGGCCAUAUGUUUGGAGACAACACUGAUAUGCCAGCUCUAUAAUAUUUUUCCAUGGAUAAUGAAUUAUCUUCCUGGACCACAUCAAACAGUUUUCAGAAACUGGGAAAAACUGAAAUUGUUUGUUUCUUGUAUGAUCGACAAUCACCGUAGAGACUGGAACCCUGAUGAGCCGAGAGACUUCAUUGAUGCUUUCCUCAAGGAAAUGACAAAGUACCCAGACAAGACCACAAGUUUCACUGAAGCAAACCUCAUCUGGAGCACUCUAGACCUCUUCUUUGCGGGAACAGAGACAACAUCCACAACACUGCGCUGGGCUCUGCUCUAUAUGGCCCUCUACCCGGAAGUCCAAGAAAAAGUACAGGCUGAGAUUGACAGAGUGAUUGGCCAGAAGAGGCCAGUGAGCCUGGCUGAUCGAGAGUCAAUGCCCUACACCAAUGCAGUCAUCCAUGAGGUGCUGAGAAUGGGCAACAUCAUCCCCUUGAAUGUUCCCAGGGAAGUGGCAGUGGAUACCAGUUUGGAUGGAUUCCACCUGCCAAAGGGCACCAUGGUCCUAACCAACCUAACUGCACUGCACAGGGACCCCAAAGAGUGGGCCACCCCAGACACCUUCAAUCCAGAACACUUUUUGAAGAAUGGACAGUUUAAGAAGAGAGACGCCUUUCUGCCCUUCUCAAUGGGAAAGAGAGCCUGCCUGGGAGAACAACUGGCCAGGUCUGAGCUGUUCAUUUUCUUCACCACUCUUAUACAAAAAUUCACCUUCAAGCCCCCAGUCAAUGAGAAGCUGAGCCUGAAGUUCAGAAGUGGCCUUACCCUUUCCCCAGCCAGUUACCGCAUCUGUGCUGUUCCUAGACAGUGAUGCUGGAGAAGUAUAGAGAAAGGAAGACUACAAGACAGGGUAUAUGCCCUGAAAGUUCUGAGCCAUGCUCACACGAGAGAAGAAAGAUGUGGUAAAUGAAGAUGAUUCAAGACAUACUGAAGAAAUUGGACUAAGAGUAUUUAAUUAAAUUUCUGGAAUGCUUGCCCCUUAGUUUGGUGUUGGGGAAAUCAUUUAUGAGUACAAUGGCUUAUCUUUUAAUCUAAAAGUUUCAAGGAGAAUGGUGGUUCCUCCUAUAAAGAAAGUGCAUUAAACUGAAUUAACAUUAAUAAUAAAAAUUAAUCAUGAUAAAACAUGCGAAA